GGCGAAAGGACGGCCGAGCGGCGGCGGCGAACCGACGGCGUGGGGCAGCAGCAGCAGCAGCCAGUGCAGUUUCCGCGACACCCAGAGUAGCCUGACGUCCAGGUCUAUUCAUAGUUAUUGUCAUGUAAUGUAUUAGCGUGCGAAUUGUUUAUUGUUUCGUUUUUGGUUUCCAUUAUUAGUGAACCCGAGCCGAGUGAAUGUAGUUUUUCGUUUUUCCUUUUUGGAAUCUAUCAAAAGUGAACCGCUGAACCGUACCAGCCUCGUAUAAGGAUAUUACUAUACUUGCACCUAUCUAGAACCAUGUUCAAGUCCCUUGGCCAGCUUUUCUAUUUAUUUGUUAUCGUUUCUUGCGUUAAACCCCCGGAACCAUAUUAUGGAAGAAAAAUAGGGGAACUCACGAAAUUCGCUCAUGGAGUAAAAGGUACUGCUUACGCAGUGGACGAAAGUACAAUUUUUGUCAAGGGAUUCUCCUACGAUGGUACAGGACCAGACGCUUUUUUCUGGAUAGGUAACUCACCACGUCCCAGUCCAGAUGGAAUAAUAAUUCCAUAUCCAGAAGAUUAUGGCAGUGGAAGGGAUCCCCCGCAGCUAUCAGCUUACAACAACACGGACGUUAUUUUACGUCUGCCGAACGGUAAAAGGAUCAGAGACAUCCGAUGGCUUUCCGUCUGGUGCAGGCGGUUCACGGUUGAUUUUGGAGAAGUGUUCAUACCCCCUAACCUCGAAGUCCCCAAACCUAGAGUUUUACCGGAAUUCAAGAGACUAGCGCACGGACUUCGUUCGGACAACAUUAGCAUUUUAGACGCAAAAACAUUUUACAUACCGAAUUUACAUUACGACGGCGGUGGACCUGACGCCUACUUUUGGGUCGGAAACGGUUCUGAACCGACAUCUUACGGAAUUAAGGUUCCAAAUGAAAUGAAUUCACUGGAACCCCUCCAUGGAUAUCAAGGGGAAGACAUCGAAAUACAACUGCCGGGUUCUUUGACUGUUUACGAUAUCGACUGGCUGGCAGUAUGGUGCGUCCAGUAUAGACACAAUUUCGGACACGUUCUAAUUCCAAAGGAUAUAGACGUGCCACCAGCUUUGGGACAGACUAAAAUAUCUCCGCCUUGGUGGUACAAUCCUACGAGUACCACUCCUAAAUCACCCACACCAACAAAUUGUCGAGAAUUUUUGAACAAACGUUUACAAGUCCGAUGGGAGCUAAAAGGAGACCAAGUUGAAAUCACUUUGUCCGCAAAAAUGAGGGAGGAUCAGUACGUUGCUUUUGGAUUGUCUGGGGCACAAAAUAGGCCCCAAAUGGUUGGAGCAGAUGUGACCGUAGCUUUCUACGACAAGGAAACCCGUGAAUUCCGAGCUGUGGAUUACUUCAUGUCGCACACGGCCCAAUGCGACGGCAAAUCGGGCGUAUGUCCCGACGAACGGAUCGGUGGACGGAACGACGUAACCCUGUUGUUAGGCGACCGCAAAAACGGAAUUACCACUAUUAAAUACACGAGACCAUUGCAAACAAACGAGGCGGUUAAUGACAGACCGAUACCGAGCCAAGGCGAGGUGAAUGUGAUAGCUGCUUUUGGGCCUUUAAACAGCAGAAGAGAAGCCAACGCUCACAGCAUGACCGAUAAAACAAUGGACGACGUGAAAAUAGACUUUGGACAGUUCGACGAUCAUCAAUGCACCAUAAGUCUGGACGAUUUGGAGGACGAGAACGGGCCCAAACCAUGGCCACCUGCAAGAAUCGUAGGUGAAAAUAUGUUUACGGCUCGCAUUGGACCAACCGGAGGUAAAAGAGGGUAUACCCCAAUAACUGGACAUCCAUCAUGGGGUAUUUGUUGGUAUAUUAAUGACAUGUUGAUACCUGAAGUUACUGUGGAAAGAGGACAAACUUAUACUUUUACCAUUGAAGGAGGUGCGGAUGAAACCAACCCGGCCCGCUAUCAUCCAUUCUACAUCACAGACUCUUCGGAAGGCGGAUACGACCAAAAGACCGCUCAAGAACGCAACAAACAAAAAGUCUACGCUGGCGUUGGUUUCGACAGAGAAGGUUACCCGUAUCCCACAGCGUUCGGUAAAUACUGCGAAUGGGCGCACAUCAGCGUGGACAAGGCUCUGGAAAGUAACACUUUCCUGGACUACAUGAAAACGCUACGGCUUGAAUGCGACCAAGGAGAGCCCGGUUUUCUUAAUUGGACUGUUCCUAUGGACGCACCCGACCUCCUAUACUACCAAUGCUAUACGCACAACAACUUGGGCUGGAAAAUCCACGUCGUGGACCCGGGCACGAUAAGCGAGCAAACAGACGCCAGUGGCGCCCGUCACUCAAAAAGUGUCCCGUAUAUAUUCCUGACCGCAAUUUGUCUUCUCACAGUGUCCGCAGUUACCAUACACGCGCGCGGACGAAUCCCGUAACAAAUGAAAGCUCUGUUACGCAAAUGAAAUUUUUUCACAUCAAAUUCAUUUUGGUGAAUUGGGUGCAAUUUAUCCCUACCGUGCGAUACGAGGGCAAAUAAAAAAAACGUUGACAAUAAAAAAUAACAAAAGGACUUUGUUCAAAUACGUCAAUUUCUUAAACGAUAUCUUGACAAUAAUAUACACUAAGAUAAUAUUUACAAGUUACUUAAACUUAAGAAUUGUAUUUAUUAAGGCUGUUUUAACGACAAUAAAUGUUUCUUUUUAUAUACAUAAUACACAAAUAAUAAUAAUAAAAUGAGAAUACUUAGUGAAUAUCGCACAAAUAAGUCAAAUACGCACCAUAAAAAAACUAAAAAAAAAAUUGUUUUGGAAAAUGUUGUUGUUUGACUGUUUCAAAAAGUAUGUA